GAAACAUUUUGACCGUGAAUUGUUGCGAAUUUUUCACGUAUAAUGGAACCUUCGUACGAAAAUAUAUUCGAGGAAGUGAAAGUAGAGAUUAUCGACUCGCAUUGUGCAACACGGCCGGCCAAGCGUAAACGAAAAAAUACGUUCAAAGGACAAAAACGGGAAGUGGUAAAACACAUCAGGAACUUCCCCUGCCUGUGGAACCAUAGACACAAACAUUAUCGAAAUGUAUUAAAGCGUAAUGCAGCUUGGGAUAGUGUAGCACAAACAAUGAACAUCUCUGUGGCAGAAGCUAGAGCUUUGUGGAAAAAAGCUCGAGAUGCACAUCGUUACCUCACACGAAAAGCAAGAAAUUUUCCAAAAGCAAAAAGUGGCCAGGCAGCUCCAGAGGAAGACGACGAAGAAGAAGAAGAGGAAGAACAAUAUGUGCAAGAAUUGCGUGAGGAAAUGGCGUUUUUGGAUGACAAUACAGCUUAUAGGCAUCUUCAGACUGCGUCACUGGGUGGUGACGAUCACGAUACUGCAACUUCUCGUUCGGUUUCACCAGCUCCAUUCGAGUUUCAGGAAUCCAAUUGCGAUAUAGCGUCCAAUCACGCAUCCACUAGCAGUAAUCCCUCUUGUAUGCCGAAUAAAUCGAAGCGUGAACGUGACGAUUCAUCGAUGGAAGCCGCUCUUCUCGUUAGCCGAUCUAUUGAUUCGUUCAUCGAGAAACGCGAAGAUAAAACCCAGGAGCUAAAACAUAAAUAUAUCUGGUUGCAAUUGGAAAAACUGUUUGAACAACUUGACGAAGAUAAAAUAAUAGAUCUGAAUUUUCAGUUCAUUUCGCAGACGUACAGUGCAAUUGUAGAAAAGCGUGAGCGGGAAAAGAAAGGCAGAUGAAUGUUUAUUAUGAGUGAUUCCAGCUGAAUUGACUUUGACGCUUUUCGAUGUUAAUUAGAAAGUGUACAUGAGUUAUUAUAUAUGUAAUCUAAAAAUAUAAGUUAAAAACUGUUUAGU